AUUUUUCUUUUCUUCUUUUUUUAUUUCUUUCUCUUUGCAAUGUCUAUUCCUUCAUCACCAGCACCAUGUUAUCAACCGGAUCAGUUAUUUCAAACGAAAAUGAAGCUGAAUAAUAGAGCCUUUGAUUCAAUAUCAAGCAUAGAACAACAUAAUGUGAUAAGAAGAGUAGCUUCUGUUCCCAAUACCACCGAGUAUUUUAAACGAUCAGAAUCCGUUCACUCUAUGCCUGCCUCUCCCAGUCCUUCCUACUCCUUACAGAAACAUAAAGUGCAAGUAGGUCCUGCUGAUUUCGACAAGGUGAGAUUACUGGGAAAAGGCGAUGUUGGAAAAGUAUAUUUGGUUAAACACAAGUCUACCGAAAAACUAUAUGCUUUGAAAGUUCUAUCCAAGAAAGAAAUGAUCAAGCGAAACAAGAUCAAGCGAGCUAUGGCAGAACAAGCUAUUCUAUCCACAGCCAAUCAUCCUUUCAUUGUUCCCUUGUACCACUCUUUCCAGAGCGAGGAUCAUCUUUAUUUUUGCAUGGAAUUUUGUGUUGGUGGCGAAUUCUUUCGGGCCCUUCAGAACAGACCGGGGAGAAUACUCAAAGAGGACGAAGCAAAAUUUUAUGCGGCAGAAGUGGUAGCUGCGUUGGAAUAUUUGCAUUUAAUGGGUAUCGUCUUUCGAGAUCUUAAGCCAGAAAACAUCCUACUACAUGAGUCGGGCCAUUUGAUGCUGUCGGAUUUCGACCUUUCGAUACAAUCACCCACAGCUGCACCGCCAACGCUCGUGCGACACAACUCACCUUUUUCGAAACCGCCCAUGCUGGACACUCGUUCAUGUAUGAACAUACGCACCAAUUCGUUUGUUGGCACAGAAGAAUACUUGGCUCCGGAAGUCAUUAGGGGAAGUGGACACACGAGUUCGGUGGAUUGGUGGACACUAGGCAUUUUAGUAUACGAAAUGAUUUGCGGAUAUACGCCAUUUAAAGGACCCACGCGUGACGAUACAUUUGAGAUGAUCUUGUCAUCCUCUGUGGAAUUCCCUGACUAUAGCAGUAAUCCAUAUUAUAAAGGCACGGGAUUAACAGGAAACUGUAAAUCGUUUAUUCGUAAAUUACUGAACAAGAAUCAAAGUAAACGAUUGGGAGCACGCGCAGGCGCAAGUGAAGUGAAAUCCCACGCGUUCUUUAAAAGUAUCAAUUUUGCUCUUUUGCGUAACAUGAAACCACCCAUCAUUCCUUCUAAAGCACAACCUAUCCGUGCCGUUCAUUUUAAUCCGUUGAAGGAAAGCGUCAGUUUUGAUUUAAAUCAUCAUGAUUUACAUACUCCGCCGGAUGAUGAAGAUCCUUUUCUCUCUUUCAAUUCGGUGACGAUCAAUAGAAGAUGAUGUCACUGGCUGACUUAUAAAGGA